UGGAUGGGCCGGGAUGAGGAGCUGGCCAAGGUGGAGAUCGGAGUCCUGGCUGCUGUCCUGGUGCUGGCCACCGGCGGCAACCUGACUGUGCUGCUGGCCCUGGGACGGCCAGGCCGCAAGCGCACCCGCAUGCACCUGUUUGUUCUGCACCUCGCCCUGACGGACUUGGGGGUGGCGCUUUUUCAAGUGCUGCCCCAGCUGCUGUGGGACGUCACCUACCGGUUCCAGGGCCCUGACCUCCUCUGCCGGGCCGUCAAGUAUCUGCAGGUGCUGAGCAUGUUCGCCUCCACCUACAUGCUGCUGGCCAUGACGCUGGACCGCUACCUGGCUGUCUGUCACCCGCUGCGCAGCCUCCAGCAGCCCAGCCAGUCCACUUACCCGCUCAUCGCCGCUCCCUGGCUGCUGGCUGCCAUCCUCAGCCUGCCUCAAGUUUUCAUCUUCUCUUUGCGGGAGGUGAUCCAGGGCACAGGGGUGCUGGACUGCUGGGCAGACUUCCGCUUCCCUUGGGGGCCUCGGGUCUAUAUCACCUGGACCACCGUUGCCAUCUUUGUCCUGCCUGUGGCCAUGCUCAUGGCCUGCUACAGCCUCAUCUACCACGAGAUCUGUAAAAACCUAAAAGUCAAGACACAGGCCCGCAAGGUGGAAGGAAGGGGCUGGAGGACUUGGGACAGGACGUCACCUUGUGUCUCAGCUGCAGCCACACGGUGCCUGCCAUCCCGGGUCAGCAGCAUCAGUACCAUCUCAAGGGCUAAGAUCCGAACCGUGAAGAUGACUUUCGUCAUCGUGCUGGCCUACAUCGCCUGCUGGGCACCUUUCUUUAGCGUCCAGAUGUGGUCUGUGUGGGACAAAGAUGCCCCUGACGAAGAUUCAACCAACGUGGCUUUCACCAUCUCCAUGCUUUUAGGCAACCUCAGCAGCUGCUGCAACCCCUGGGUCUCCAUGGGUUUCAACAGCCACCUGUGGCCACGGCCACUGCGCCACCUGGGCUGCUGCGGGGGUCCCCGGCCCCGGCCACGCCGGCAGCUGUCCAGCCUCAGCCUCCCCAGCCGCCACACCACUCUGCUGACCUGCUCCAGUAGCCUGCCCACCCUCCCGCUCAGCCCCAGACUCAGUGGGGACCCUGGAACUGAAGAGUCACUGAAGGACUCCGAGCAGGUGGAUGGGGAAGCCUACACAGAGACUGGUGUCUUUUAAGGAACACAUUCCCUGGAGUCUGGCACACCCGUGAGGCUGGAAGAAGAAACUGAGAACAUGGAAGUUGACUAGAAACGUCAUGUACAGCCGGCAGGUGGAGCUCAGGUAACAAAUCAUCUCUAAAACCUGGACGCCACUCAUCUCGGCUUGGGAUUUGGCUUGGCGUGUUCCUAGGGCUUCCAUCUUUUGAGAUGUUUGUUUAGCUAAUGUGAGUAAAUUUUUGGAAUUUUGGAAAAA